UACAGGUCACGGAUUCUUGUGUGCGGAUCAAAGACUAAUGACAAGAGACACUUUGCGCCCUCGUCAGCGUUGUCCUGGCUUCCUGGUGUGACGUGUGUCAAAACAGUCUCAAACCAUGAAUAUUGUGGGCCAGUUGGCGGAGACGGUCUAUGUGACGGUCAAGGAGCUGUACCGCGGCCUCAACCCCGCCACGCUCACCGGCGGGAUCGACGUCAUCGUGGUGCGGCAGCCAGAUGGCUCCUUCCAGUGUUCCCCCUUCCACGUCCGCUUCGGGAAACUGGGCGUGCUGCGCUCCAAGGAGAAAGUUGUGGACAUCGAGAUCAACGGGGAGUCGGUGGACCUGCACAUGAAACUGGGGGACAACGGUGAAGCCUUUUUUGUGGAGGAAAAUGAAACCAUGGUGUCCCAAAUCCCAGCCCAUCUGUGCACCUCCCCGAUCCCUCUCGCUACGUGGGAUGACACGGCGGGCAACCCCGAGGAAACGUCCAUCGCCCGCAGAAGAAAACGCCGGCGUAAACGCGUGCGCUCAGAUAGUAGUUUCCGGCGUGAAGAGGCCAGCUCGUCGGAGGAGGAGCGGGAAAAAGACAAAGAGUCGGAGAGCGAUCAGACUGCCGAGCAGGACAGUCCGGCCAAAGAGACUCCUAUGACACCUUUGCAAGUCAGUCACUCCGUGUACUUCUCCAUGUCUGAGGAGCCAAACGAGGAGAAGGUGGCGGCCAGAGAUGCUCACCCGCACUCAGACGGAGACCAAUCACCUGUAGAAAAUGUGUUUGACAGCCGGCCAUCCUCUCCUAAGAGUGACUCGGAGCUGGUGCUUAAAAGCCAAGACUCCCCUGGUUUGCCGAUGCAAUGGAGCUGGGGAGGCUUUCCCGUGCCACGACAGUCUGGGAGGUCAUCAGUGGAGCUUGAGAGCUCAAAAUCUUCCCGUUUCCGUACUAUCCAGAGAGAAUGCUCCUUCGACAUGGACGACGAGUCCGUGUUCAGCUGUGACAAAGUGAGCCAGGUGACGGUGGUCCGACCACAACCCAGGACUCAGUCUCUCGACUUGAGCUUGCACUACUCCCCGCAUAUGAUGCCUCCUAGCUUUGCCACACACCUUCACUUGACCACCGUUACCCCGAGUGAACUUUCAAAGUCUUGCCCGUCGACAGAGAGGGGUGACACCGAGUCUCUUGCUCGAGAAGACACUGCAGCCGUUACCGAGCAUGCUGGUGUCACGGGUACAGCUGUUUGUCCUGAUGACGUAACCAACAACGGUCAGACAGUUAAAGGAAGUGAAUAUGCUGCAUUGCAAACCGAUGAUGCAGACAAUAAUAGCACCGUUUGUGCAGAAUCAGCUAAUCUAAGGCCCUUAAGUAAACAAGUCUCCAGUGGCAGUGUUCCCGACAGUGGGAUUGAUCCCAAUGCCGAGGGAGAAGAUGAGGAGGAGGAGGACGACGACGGCAGACCUGGCGUGGCAAAAGCUGAAGCCAAAGACAACGGGACCAGCUGUAUGGCAGCUGAGAAGAUGGCAAACUGCUCCGAGACAUCUGCCAAACCAAAGCAACGAGGCAAAAAGAAGAACCGGCGUAACCACCAUCUGGGACCAACAGACAUUUACUUGGAUGACCUGACUUCACUGGAUCCUGGGGUCGCAGCGCUCUAUUUCCCUAAGAGUGAAGCCGAGGGUUCCUCCACUCAUGUAGCAGAUCAAAGCUCCUGCUCAGGAAGCCAGUCGCCACAAUCUGUGGGCGCGCUGGACAGCGGCACUGAAUACCAGUCCGACUCUGCGUCCUACAGCACAGAGGUCAGCAUGUCCCUCUGCGGACAAGUGGGCGACACCAGCCAGAUAACCAAAGAGAAGUUUUCGGCGCAUUCCGUGUCGUACCAGGACUUUGCCGACAAUCCAGGAAUCAUAGAAGACCCCAGCCUUGUAUUAUGUGUCAACUCCAACUACUAUAAUUGGGCAGUGGCUGCUCCAAUGGUCUUGUCCAUGACAGCGUUCCAGAAGAAUCUACCUCAGAGUACAGUCGAGAAGCUGGUAAAAGACAAAAUGCCCAAAAAGUCAGGACGCUGGUGGUUCUCUUGGAGGCGGCGAGACUUGGACAAAAAUAAGCAACAGCACUCCAAGGAAAGCCAAGAGGAGAUGAUUGUUGGAGAUGUGACCGCCGUCAAAGCCUCCCUGGACGACGCGGACAGUGAUGAGGUGGCGAGGCCUGGCCAAAAACCCUUCCUUGCUUCCAGCUUGUCAACAGACACCCUUCGCACGACCCAGUGCAUCACCAACAUGUACCGCAAGUCCCUGCGCCUGACCUCGGAACAGAUCGAGAACUUGAAUCUGCGUGACGGAGCAAACAAGGUCAUCUUCAGCGUGACCACCCAGUACCAGGGCACCUGUCGCUGCGAGGCCUCCAUCUAUUUGUGGAACUGGGACGAUCGCAUCAUCAUAUCGGACAUAGAUGGCACCAUCACAAAGUCUGAUGCUCUGGGUCACAUCCUGCCUCAGUUUGGCAAAGACUGGACACACAAAGGCAUCGCCAAACUCUACCACAAAAUCCACCAGAAUGGCUACAAGUUCCUGUACUGUUCGGCCCGCGCUAUCGGCAUGGCCGCCAUCACCAAGGACUACCUGCAGUGGGUCAACGACAAAGGCACUGUUCUCCCCAAGGGCCCGGUGCUGCUGGCACCCAGCAGUCUCUUCUCAGCACUACACAGGGAGGUGAUUGAGAAGAAGCCAGAGGUGUUCAAAAUAGCCUGUCUGGGCGACAUCAGGGACUUGUUCAAUCCCAGGAGACAACCCUUCUACGCCGCCUUCGGCAACAGAACCAAUGACGCGUACGCCUACACCAAGGUGGGCGUGCCCGACACCAGGAUUUUUACCGUCAAUCCCAAAGGAGAGAUGAUCCAGGAGAAGAACAAAACCAACAAGUCCUCGUAUUGUCACCUGGGGGAAUUGGUGGAGCAUUUCUUCCCCGCGCUCGAUGGCAGCGGACCUUCUGCCUUCCUCUGUCCUGAGUUCAGCAGUUUCUCCUUCUGGAGGGAGCCUCUGACACACCUGGACCUUGACACACUCCUCUAGACUUCCCUUAUCUUACUUACCUUUGUGGGCCUUAAUAUUUACAGCAGAACACAUUCUCCCAGCAUGCAGUGCUGCCUUUGAUUGGCGCCUGUAGCAGAUGACUCAUGCAUUCAUUGAUUUCUCUGCUUCAUCCCCUCCGUCAGCCAAGAAAAUUCCAUGGAUUAGCCGCGCCUUUGUAUAAACCGCAGGGUUCAAAGCUCGGGUAAACUUCCAGUCCAGGAAAUAGUGUAGAUAUUUAGUGAUUACAUUCAUACAGGCCAAAAGUUUGGACACACCUUCUCCUCGUUUUCUUUAUUUCCGUGACUAUUUACAUUGUAGAUAGUCCCGUCACAACUAUGAAUGAACACGUGGAGUUAUGGACUUAACAAAAGAAGUUUUAUACUCCCAAUUUCUUCAAAAUAGCCACCCUUUGCUUUGAUUACUCUUUUAGACACCCUUGGCAUUCUCUUGAUGAGCUUCAAAAGGAAAUGGUUGUCACUUCACAGGUGUGCCUUAUCAGGGUCGACUAGUGCAGGGGUGCCCACACUUUUUCUGCAGGCGAGCUACUUUUCAAUUGACCAACUCGAGGGGAUCUACCUCAUUUAUAUUUAUUUAUUUAUGAAAGAGACAUUUUUGUAAACAAGUUAAAUGUGUUUAAUGAUAAUACAAGCAUGUGUAACACAUAUAGAUGUCUUUCUUUCACAAAGACAAGAAUAUAAGUUGGUGUAUUACCUGAUUCUGAUGACUUGCAUUGAUUGGAAUCAGACAGUAAUGAUGAUAACGCCCACAUUUUCAAACGGAGGAGAAAAAAAGUUGUCCUUUCUGUACAAUACCACAUGAAAGUGGUUGGUUUUUGGCAUCUAAUUCAUCCAGCUUCCAUACACUUUACAAGAAAAACAUUGGCGGCAAAUUCCGUAGCUUGCUUGAUUGACAUUCACGGCACCCGAGGGUCUUGUGAGAUGACGCUGGCUGCUGCCA